AUGGCGGCCGCGCCGCUGCUGGUGCGGGUGAGCCCUGCGCCCGCCGCCGCCGACAAGGCGAUCUACAAGCUCCUGAAAUACUUCCAGUCGGGAAAGCGGUCGGGGGGCGGCGAGUGCAGCGUGCGCCCGGGCCCCGAGGCCGGCACCUACUGGGUGGACUUCUCUAAGGAGCAAGAUAGGAAGCGUGUGGAAUCCCGCUCAAAGCACACCUUGGAAUUGGAUGCAAGAUGCUGCGAGAUCGUCAUCCUGCCGGGAGAAGGGGCCCCGGGCAAGAGCCGGGUUACAGCGCACGCCGCUGCCAGCCACAGCAAAGGCACUGCCGGCCCUUCCCUGCCCCGGCAGCAGCAGCGGGACAGCGGUGCCUGUGGGGCCACAGCAAAGGAAGACCUUACCAAAAAGAUAUUUCUUACAGUAUCUGCUACUUUGAAUACCAGUAUGUUCACUGAAGACCAAAGGGAGAAAAUUACCAUUAUGUGUCCAAACUUAAAGAGAGAAGGAAGCCCUGGCGUGGAUGGCUCUGAGAAAUUGACAGGAGAUUUUACAGAUAUUGAAAAAGCUUAUCACUACUUUGAAGAUAUCCUUGCAGGCAAAGACCCAAACCAGGAUUUUUCACAUUCUGAUUGUAAGAAUGGUUUGAAAGACGAAAAUGGCCUGAAUACUGAAGAAACAGUUGAGUUUAUAGUUGUGACAGCUCUCUAUGAAUAUUUUAUUCAUACCCACAAAGAGGAAAUCAAAGAACUACACGAAAGGUUUGGAGCAUGUAUAAGAAGUAAAGAUUUCAAUGAGCAUAACACAUUCAUAUACAUAUCUUCCAAUCAAAGUCCUGCAUUGUUACAAGCAGCUAGUGAUUCUUUUAUCAGAACCUUCCAGGAAGCUACAAAAGAUCUGACAGAGGAAAAAGUUCCCAUAACUAAGAUUGACACAUUAGAAGAGACAAUAGUAAAAUUAAAUAAAAAGUUUAGAAAUCUUCUUGCUAAAGAGGAAGGGAAUCAGUUGCUACUCCGAGGUCCAAGGAGUGAGAUUUUAGCUGCCCAAAUAUUUCUAGCAGGGGAAGGUGAGAACAACCAAGCUGAAAAGAAUAUGAAAAUAUCAUCUCAAUGGUACAAAUACAGGGAUGGAAUUGAAGUUGAUGCCUCGGUAUUUAAAUUGUUGGAAACCAUACUAAGGCAAGAAAUUGAAAACAUAAAUGGCAAAUUUGAUACACUGGUAGAAAUAAAAGAGAGGUCAUACGGCCAGAAGGCCAUAAUAUUUAGGCCUAAAUCUGAAACUUCUGAUAUGUCAUCACAUGCUACUGAAAGUUUUAUCAGUGCAUUUCAGAGUGCCUCUGCACUGUUAAGAGAAAAAGGCAUCAGCGUGAAGCUUUCAGAAGAUCAGAAGAAAACUUUAAGUGUGCUGCCUAAUGCUAAGAAAUUUGAAGACCUUAAUGUAAAACUUCAGAAGAAUGAAGUUGCUGAAAAGUGCACGAAGUCCCUUCUUAACACUGAAGGGACACAAACUAGAAAUAGGGCACCACUGUCCUCUGACCUCAGCUCUCAAGAAGCUACAGGAGCAUCUAAGAAGUCCAGUGUUAGGAAAAAGAAUAACCUUUCUUCUGAAGGACAGACUCAGGCAAAGACAGUAGAAAAAGAAGAUGAUGAAUGUCCAAUUUGCAGGGACAAAAUUGAAAAUAAAGAAAUAUUAGAAAAGUGCAAACAUGCAUUUUGCAAAGCUUGCAUUGACAGAGCCAUGGUUUAUAAACAAGCUUGUCCAGUUUGUAACACUGUCUGUGGAGUCCUGACAGGAAACCAACCAGAGGGAACAAUGUCAACUAAAACAAUCAGUUCGUCUCUUCCUGGUUAUCCCAACUGUGGCACCAUUGAAAUUGACUAUUUUAUGAGUGGUGGUAUUCAAACUAGCAGCCAUCCAAACCCAGGGCAGCGUUAUGGGCCUGCUCACCGAAAAGCGUAUUUACCUGACAACGAGGAAGGGCGAGAAAUUCUGCAGCUCCUCAGAAGGGCCUUUCAGCAGAAAUUGAUUUUCACAGUGGGGCAGUCACAUACUACUGGUGCACAAAAUGUUAUCACAUGGAAUGAUAUUCACCACAAAACUGCCAUUGAUGGAGGACCUACCCAGUUUGGUUACCCAGAUCCUUCUUAUCUGCAGCGUGUUCGAUCAGAAUUGAAAGCAAAAGGAAUUGAAUAAGGAAAUCUAUCAACUCUCAAUUCUUAAGUGCAAUGACUGAACAAACAUACAGCAGUUAAUGUGCUAUUCAAGCUCUGAGGGAAGUUGCUUUGUUUAACUACCUAUCUAAAUUGCUUGUAUUUCACAGUUAGCUAAGAAAAGUAAUCUUUUCUCAUCAAACAAUGUAUGUUCUUUUCACAAAUCAUUUACUUCCUAUAUAUGUAGCCUUUACAAAAUUUGGUUCUUGGGAGUGUAGUAUCAGUACUGUUUGCACUUUGUGUAUCUUGCUGUACUAGCAAAUCUAAUUGGCCCUUUUCCCCACAACUCUCCAGUCUGAUUUCCAAAACCCUUUAGAUCCACUACUUUUAUUAGAUGAAACACUUCUCUUAGCUUUGCAUUAUGAUGUCUGCCAGCAUGGCUGGCAUCAUGUAACCUAAUCUAAUCUAAAUCUAAAAUUUGUAUGCAAAUUUGUAUGCAAAUAUGUAAUCUAAUCUAAAAUUUGUAUGCAGCUGUGACAGUGUUAGCUGUGAUAAGGUUAUGGACUUUUGCUUCUUUUCACGGUAGAAAUUGCCUUGGUGAUUUGAGUUUUGCAUGUGAAAUUAGCCAUGGGUCAUGUACAAGUGGGUACAUGGAUGCUCAGCUCUGCAGAAGUGCUGAAUGCUGAGAGCUGUGUUGGAGCUGUGGGAAGUAACAGUGUCUGUGUCCAUAUCUGACAGUGGGCUCCUGGUUCUGUGCCUGCCAUUGUGCUUAACUACAACCUUAAAAUCACUUUUUCAACUAUAAAACUGUAUUCUUUCAAUUGCAUCCAAUAUAGGUUUAAAUUGUAUCAUAAAGAUACUCUGCAGUGCCUAAAUAACCUGAUGAUUACCUGUGUGGUGGUGUGUCACACAGACAUGAUUUUCAGUAAGUUGAACCAUUUCUCUAAGGCUACU